AUGGCAGACGAAGAUCAAAGCAAGAAGGCAAAAGAAGAUCAAAGCAAUAAGAAAACACACAAUCCCAAGUCUUAUCAAGUGAGGAAAGAAUGCAUAAAGAGGAAGUCAAUGGAGCUUGCAACUCUCUGCGAUAUCAAGGAAGUUCUUGAUCUCUACUCUCAAAAUUUGAAACCCGAAAAGAAGCACAAGGAAUCAUCAACACCAAUUCCAGAACCAGAAGAAGAACAAGGAGAGAAAGAUCUCCUGACGCUAGUUGAAUCAAAGCUUGUUGCUGUCAACAGGAGAAUUCGUUUCUUGGAGAACAAGAAGGUUGCUAUUGCUGAUAAGGGGAAAAGAAAGAGAAUUGAGUGA